AUGCACGUCUCGUGUGGGCGUCUAGAUAUCACACGCCAGUUGUUCGAUAAAAUGCCUCACAGAGAUUUUCAUUCGUGGGCAAUCGUUAUCCUCGGCUGUAUUGAAACGGGUGAUUACGAAGACGCGGCUUUGCUUUUCGUUUCGAUGUUGAAACAACAGAAUAGUGCUUACAAGAUUCCACCUUGGAUCAUGGGUUGCGUCCUAAAAGCGUCUGGUGUGAUCAGAGACUUGGGUUUAGGGAAGCAGGUUCACGCCUUGUGUCAGAAGCUAGGGUUUAUUGAGGAAGAAGAUUCGUAUCUAUCAGGUUCCUUGAUACGUUUCUACGGAGAAUUCAGGUGUUUGGACGACGCUAACCUCGUGCUACACAGGCUCUCUAAUGCCAACACCGUUGUAUGGGCAGCGAAGGUUAGUAAUGACUACAGAGAAGGAGAGUUUCAAGAAGUAAUCCGCGACUUCAUCGUAAUGGGUAAACUUGAGAUCAAGAAGAACAUCUCGGUGUUCUCUAAUGUCUUAAGAGCGUGCACAUGGGUCGGUGACGGUGGGAGAAUCGGCCGAGCAGUGCACGCGAAUGCCCUGAAGCUCGGGUUCGAGUCGGAUUGUAAGGUCCGAUGCCGGUUAAUAGAGAUGUAUGGGAAGUACGGGAAGGUGAAAGAUGCAGAGAAGGCGUUCAAGAGUAUGACUGAUGAGAGGGCGAGUGAUAGUUGCUGGAACGCUAUGGUCGCGGGUUAUAUGCAGAAUGGGUUUUACAUUGAAGCCAUUAAGUUACUUUAUCAGAUGAAAGCAACUGGUAUCAAAGCAGAUGACACACUCUUGAACCAAGUCAACCUCAAGCCCACGUUUUAA